UUUAAGCUUCUUUUCUGUGAUGUGGGAAACGCAAACAUGAGUGAUAACUGAAAAGGGGAAAGUGGGAAACCGUUCCUUUCUCGUCGCCGCUACUGACCGUGCCGCCACCGCUCAGUCGCACGCUCCACUCUCCAGUGAUCAACAACAUCCAACUUUACUUGCAAGAUGGGAGAGCUGGUUUCUGAGAAACAUGUUCGAUAUAUAUUAUCUGUUGAAAAGAGGAAAGAUAAUUUUGAAUCGGUGGUGAUGGAGCAUCUGAGAAUGAAUGGGGCAUACUGGGGAUUGACUGCUCUGGAUCUGCUGGGGAAGCUGCACACUGUGGAUGUUGAUGAGGUUGUUUCAUGGGUGAUGAGUUGUCAGGAUGAGUCAGGGGGAUUUGCUGGAAAUGUUGGACAUGACCCACACAUCUUGUAUACGCUUAGCGCUGUGCAGGUGUUGGCUCUCUUUGAUAAGCUGGAUGCUAUUGAUGUAGAUAGGGUGACAAAUUAUAUUGUCAGCCUCCAAAAUGAAGAUGGGUCUUUUUCAGGGGAUACGUGGGGUGAAGUUGAUACACGGUUUUCAUAUAUUGCUAUUUGUUGUCUAUCGAUAUUACGUCGCUUGGAUAAAAUCAAUGUGGAGAAGGCUGUGAAGUACUUUAUAAGUUGCAAAAACAUGGAUGGUGGUUUUGGUUGCACACCUGGUGGAGAAUCUCAUGCUGGACAAAUUUUCUGUUGUGUGGGGGCGCUUGCUAUAACUGGGUCACUAGAUCUUGUUGACAAGGACCUACUUGGUUGGUGGUUAUGCGAGCGACAAGUUAAAUCUGGAGGUCUGAAUGGGCGUCCUGAGAAGCUCCCUGAUGUGUGCUACUCAUGGUGGGUUCUUUCUAGCCUGAUCAUGAUUGAUAGGGUUCAUUGGAUCAGUAAGGAGAAACUUAUAAAGUUCAUCUUAGACUGCCAGGACACGGAGAAUGGUGGAAUUUCAGAUAGGCCAGACGAUGCUGUGGAUGUCUUUCAUACUUACUUCGGGGUGGCUGGUCUUUCACUUCUUGAAUAUCCAGGAUUGAAACCGAUAGAUCCAGCUUAUGCUUUACCUGUUGAUGUAGUAAAUCGAAUCUUCUUUAGUAAGUAAAGACACAAAAUCCAGCGACACCUAUCCAGGACAUAGUCUGGAGUUUAGACUCAUCCUCUAUGAAAACUAUUGUGUUUCUUGAAACAAAAAUGUAUGAAUCUUAGGACAAAGAAAUUCAUGCUAGAUAUUGAUUAAUGAAUCGAAAGUGGCUUUUAGACGAAAAUUCGCGAACACAUGUAUACCGUUCAAUCCAAUAAUUGAUAUCAUCAUGUGAUUGAUUUUUUAUGA